ACUGUCGCGAAUACUAGACAAGGUAUGUUGCUGCUGUGGAAUGCAUGGAUACGGAAGGAACGGGCUGACCACUCGACUGACCAGGAACGAGAGUUUCAGUUGGUGAUGACGGGUCCUAGUGUCAAUAGCACCAGGGCCGGAGAGGCACGAUCCUCUGACCUCAGAGGGAUAUUUCAUGGCUUCAAUCAAUCCAUGACGGACGUGCAAAGCUGCCAUCCAAGCAGGUGGCAAGCCCUGCAACUAUGGCAAACGUUUCUCAACAACGUUGAUCCCAUUAUCAAGAUCCUGCAUGUUCCCACGGUUCAAGUCACCAUUUGUACCGCGAUAAACAACCCGGGAGACGCAGAGAAUGACCUCCAUGCGCUCUUAUUUGCAAUCUACUUUGCCGCAACAACUAGUCUAUCGACUGUCGAUGCGGUUAAUUUAUUCGGGCAGGAUAGAGGCACUACCCUGGCUAGAUUCAAGCAAGGACUAGAGCAUAGUCUGGCAGGCGCCAACAUAUUCGACUCGCCAAGUAUGAGGUCGUUACAGGCUAUGACAAUAUACAUUACGUCUCUCCGUGCUUUUCAUACCGGUCGAUCAAGCUGGACUCUCGCAGGCCUGGCUCUUCGAAUGGCUCAGUCCAUUGGUUUGCACAGAGAUGGCAGCAACCUCCGUCUCUCUCCCUUUGAAUCGGAAAUGCGAAGACGUGUGUGGUGGUAUUUGUGUGCUGCGGACUCGCGUGCAGCAGAGGAUCUCGGCAUUGCUGUCUCCAGUGUUGAUCGAUCUUGCGACACGCAUUUACCGGUCAACGUAAAUGACAGCGAGCUGUCCCCCGACAUGCAAGGUCCGCCGGCGCCCAAACCUAUGUGGGCCGAAAUGACCUUCAGCCUUAUUACGAUAGAGAUUGGCCAAAUAAUUCAGCAGAUCACCGGAAGGCCCGUGGCGUCUGCUGGCAGCAUACACGGCGAAUCAGCUGGAGCACAAAUCCUAAAAGAUAUGAGGACCCGCCUCGAAGACAGAUACCUUAGACACUUGAAUCCGAACAUCCCAAUACAACGGGCGAUAUCUCUCCUGACACCCAUCAUUCUCGCGAAGCUGGAGUUCGUCGUGCAACAGCAGUCAACAAAGCGCCGCCAUGUAAAGAAGGGCGCAUUUGACGCGAAUGAAGACACUCUGACAGUGGCCUGCCGGCUUCUAGAGAUGUACCUACAGCUACAAACAGAUGAGCUGCUGAGAGGCUUCCAUUGGUAUUUGAGGAGCUACACACAGUAUCACCUCCUCACAUACGUGCUCUGGCAUCUUUGUCUGAAGCCGGACGGGCCGAGCACGGAGCGGGCGUGGAAUGCCCUCGAACGCUCCUUUCAGCUCGCGGAGCCACACGCACGUGUCACCGAGCCGGGAUCGAAGUGGACCGUUCUUCAGCUGCUGAGGGGGAAGGCCCUGCGCAUACGAGAGACGUACAACGCGACCAAACCAGAUGAGAAUAAUGACCGGGCUCUGGAAGAGGGGUUUGGGAUGGCGCAUGCGGCGAGCGAGCUGGGCGAUCCUGCCGACAUCAGACUGAGCGGGGACUGGAACUGGGGCAUGCCCGACUACGUGGAUUUUCAAGACUGGAGCAAUAUUGUGGAGGAGUUUGAUAUGCAAGGCUUCAAUGGCUUGUAGAGGUCUCUGGAUGGAUUAGAUUAAAAAUAUCUAAUAAGAUACAACUCGACGACGCCCAUCGUACCUCCCUCCAUAAGGAGAACUGUUACUGUGGGCGGACUAAGAGAUAUCCCCUGGGUCCACUUACAUCCAAAGACCUUUUGGCAGGAAAGGGUAUUGUGGUAAAGGUUGCACCGCAAUGCCAUCCGACAACGGCUAGCCGCGUCUUUUGAGGGCGUAUUGAUUCUUUGGCGUUGGCCCUAACCCCCCGGCCUUGUCUGCUGCACUAAGGUCGUGCCUUUUGCCUUGGGUGUCA